AUGGUCAACUUUGACCACCACCACCGCCACUCCUCCUCCUCCGCCUUCAGCAAAGCCAUCUGCUCAAUCUGCCACAAGGACCUCGACCCCUUCGCCGACGACCUCCAGGCCAUAUUUAUCUGCGGCCACGUCUCCCACGAGUUCUGCCUGCAAGAGUCGUUCGGAUUCUUCGAGAGCGUCAAGAAGUACAGCUGUCCGGUGUGCAAGCAGCGCUGCGGCCCAAACGACGUCGCUCGCCUCUACUUCGAGUCGGUCCCGGCCUCGCCGGAGGAUCCGAGUUCGACUCCUGCGCCGCAAAGUGGGGAGGACUCCGAGGCGUUGCGGCGGGAGGUCAAAGAGCUUAAAGAGGAGACCUGCCACCUUCAUACUUCUAGGGUUCCAGUUCUGCAUAAUAGCUUUGAGGAGUCAUCUGCUGGAAAGCUUGCUCUCCACCCAGUUGACACCUCCUGCUUCCCCAAGUUUUUGGAUAGAAAUUGGUGGCUUAACCAAGGUCGGUGGCUAGGUUUUGGGAUGAAGGAGAAUCUGAAAAGGAAAAAGGGGAAGAACAUGAUGAACAGAGGAGACAAAGUUUUGAGUUUGUGA